AGGAGCAUCCAAAACGUCCAGUCAAGUGUGCUGCACUAGUCCUAGAAGCUUCUCCAGAGACUCUCCAGCAAGCCAAGUGACACCACAUCUUGCUCCAUUCAUCUUCCAAGACUGAGAACAGCAAGUAUGAUAAGGAUGCAGCGGCACUCGCACGGCUUUCUGGUCCUCCUCCUGGUGGUCUUCAUCUCCGGACUGGUUCUGUCUGGUCCCUCUACGCCACGGAGAAGCCGAGUCAGACGCCAGAACAUGAAGGUGCGUAUCAACGCCACAGGCGACACCAUUGUGAUGAAGUUUGUUCGCCCCAACACCGACAGCAAGCUGGAAGGCUACAUCCUGGGCUACGGCAGCAGCAUGUUCUCCAAACAGUUCAUUCCCCUGCCGGAGAACGGACAGCCUUACGAGACUGAGUUUGAUGCCGAGCCCAAGUACCUGAUAGCUGUCCAGUCCAUUCCAACGAACGACGUCAAAAAGCAUUGCACAGGGAAAGUGGAACUGGAGAAGCCGCUGCACUUGGUCAUCGGGUCGGUGACGCCCACCUCAGUGCUGCUGUCCUGGGGGACCCUGCUGAAGACCCCCUACGAAGGGAACAUCAUGAAUGAGUGUCUGGAGGACGGACACUACACGGUGCGUUAUCGGGAGAGAAAUAGGAAGUGGAACUACCAGACCUGCCCGACAAGUGACACGGUCAUUGACAAUCUGAAGCCCAACACCGUUUAUGAGUUUGGUGUCCAGCCCAGCUCUAAGGACAAGACCGGGUCAUGGAGCAAGCCGGUCAUUCACAACAUCAGCUCAGGGGGUGUUGAAGAGAAAGUCAUCAGGAAAAUCUUCAAACGUCCCAUCAGCCCUGUGAAACCCAUUGGGCAAGGUCCACACUUCCCCUUUGUCCCUCGUCACGUUCUUCACAAUAGGACGCAGGGCAGACUGCCCCUCUCCCGCAACAUAACCCCAAAGACAACAACAACAACAACAGCAACAACUACAACUCUUGCUCCCACCACAACUACUAGACAGGAAGCCCUGUCUACCCCUGGACCUGUGGUGCCUGCGACCACCAAAGAGCCAUUCGGAGGAGGCCUCUCCAAAUCUGUCAUCUCUCUUUCCCGUGAGCUCCCCUUAGUUCCUAUUCUCCCGCCUCUGCUUCAAACUCCAGCUACUACACCUUCUGUACCAGCCCCAAAGCAAAAUGGCGGACAAUCAUCCCGAUCCCAUGCCUCGACCCUGCAAAAACUCCACCAACCACCACUGCAAUCCAAGCCCAAACCCCAACAAUCUCAACCAGGUUCUCAAGCAAAGUCUGUGCCCCAACAUGAACCAAAUUUGGAGCCACCUCUGCAGCCCAUAACUUAUACACCAAUUCCAAACCAUUAUCAUCAAACAUCCUGGCUCAAACACCAGACAGAAACCCAAUCAACACAGAAGACUCAAACCAAAUCAAAACCCCAGACAAAGCCACAACCCCUAUCUCCGCCUCAGCUCCAGCCUGAAACACCACAUCAUCCAACAACACUGCUCAUACACCAAUCAAAAACAGUUGAGGUGCGUCCAAAACCAUCUCCACCGGCACAGCAACACCUACCUUUGAGAAACAAAAUACAAACAACGCAAAGCUUACCUAGACAACCACUCCGGUCUACACCGGACGGACAAAUCGAAACACAGUCUCAACCCAUGGUUUAUUUUCAGACCACAUUUCAACCCUAUGCUCGACUAACAAACGCCCCAGAGCCUCACCCAAAAUCUAAAAACUUUUGGUCUGGUUCUUUAAACCCCACGGAACAACCUCUGUCCUGGCCCAAAACACAGCCAGGUCAGCCAGCAAAGAGCCAAAAUCCAAUAACCACAAGCAGUACCCUACCACAAACUUUGCGUAAGACCCGACCGCAGCCUCAAUCCCCUUUCUCGGUCUCAUCCCCUUCUUCCCGACCCGAACCCCCUUCAACGUCAACGUCAACGUAUAGUCUGCCCCAAUCUGAAUCCCAACCAAAGGCGAUUCUUGCCCAAGCAGAAGUCCAACCUGGAAUUCAGUUUCCACCUCUGGGCAGGACUCAUUCUGGUCCCACCGAAGUCAUUCCACUGCAGGCGGUCCCUACUGCUCGUCCUAGUCCAACGGAGAAGGGCAACCCUCUACCAAUACCAGCCCUGGACGCAGAAGAGGCUAAUAGUUACAAUCUUGGCAACCGGAGGAGGGCGGAGAUUUCUCCCGUUAGCUCCUCAGCCACUCCAGUGGGCAGAAACACAACGUUUUCACGCCUUCGGAUUCCACCUCACUUCACUCGCAGUGGCGGAAGAUCAUUCUCCACCUCCUCCCACAGCAUCUCCAGAACACCUGGGGCGCAUCAUAGGAGCAAUGCUCUCCCUAAACCUGGAGUGUGGCCCAAAGAGAAACCUGUUCUACGCCCUUCUGUUCCUGUCAACAAGAGACCCAACCUGGUGGGAAAACCGAAUGACCAUGAUAAACCCAUGGACCUCAAACAAGGCGACAAGGAGUCCAUCUUGAAACCUUUCCCCCUCGUCACGUCCAAGCCUAAGCAGGAGCGCAGACAGCAGACCACCACCACUGCCCCGUUGUUAAACGGCAGCCGUUUUGACAUCAAUGAAAACUCGUCCAUAUUUAGGCCCCUUCCCGCGUCGGAUGUGGACAUUAUGGGCAAGAAGCGUUACGUGGCUCCCCAUGUCAUCUACAAGACGGAUAAGAAGCCUGAUGAGCCGUGCUCCAUCACUUCCUCCCUGACUUAUUUCCCCGACGAGGAGGACGGUGGCGAUCAGAAUGUGACGGCGCCCCCCCGUAUACCGCCGUCCAACCUCACUGUGGUCACUGUCGAGGGGUGCCCUUCUUUUGUCAUCCUUGACUGGCAGAAGUCCGACAACGAAACUAGAGAGUAUGAAGUUGUGUCCACCGCUAAAGGCCCUAAUGGAGAGGAAGUGUCCAUACUGACGACAACAAACCAGACGCACACGGCGGUGGAGAAUCUAAAACCAGAGAGCAGUUACGAAUUCAAAGUUACACCAAAGAACGAGUUGGGAACGGGACCAUCCAGUGAGCCGGUGUCGUUUAACACUGAGUCAGCGGACCCACGAGUGAGUGAAAAUGUUUCAGGAAAGGAUGCCAUUUGGACACAGUUCCCAUUUAAGGCAGACGCCUACUCGGAAUGCAACGGGAAGCAAUAUGUGAAGAGGACUUGGUACCGGAAAUUUGUGGGCAUCCAGCUGUGCAACUCCUUGAGAUAUAAGAUCUACUUAAGCGACUCCCUCAAUGGGAAGUUCUACAACAUUGGGGAUCAAACGGGUCACGGUGAGGACCACUGCCAGUUUGUGGACUCCUUCCUGGAUGGACGGACCGGGACGCAGAUGUUUGCCGACCAGUUACCUUCCAGGCCAGGCUUCUUCAGGGCGUUGAGACAAGAGCCGGUCAGCUUUGGCGAGAUUGGCGGCAAGUCGCAUGUGACUUACGUGGGCUGGUACGAAUGCGGCACACCCAUACCAGGCAAGUGGUAAGAUCCAACCUCCUCAGGGCCCUCCAAGGAAGGAGUUUCCAAGACGUUUUCUGGAAGAAGAGUGCGAACAAAUGUCCGACCUGAUGAGGAGUUGGGCCCUCUUUUUCACGCUACCUUAAGACAGUGCUGAUUGGAAGGUGGUGUCUAUUAGGUAUGAAUGGCUUCAGGAAACAAACCCCUGAUUGUUGUAUAAGCGUGGAUGAACGAGUGGCCAAAAAUGUUGAUUAUACAGAGAAAAAAGAUGGGAAGCUGGCUCCCAAAAUGUUUGUAUGGUACUAUUUAUCAAAGGAAAAAAUGUGUGCUUGUACUUUCCAGAGUAUAAAUACUUCCCAGUACUUGCAUGGCUACACACACACACGUCAUUUCCAUAGAGACAAGGCGCCACUCACAUAGUGACUGUACAUUUGGAUGAUGUAAGAUACAAGUACAUGUGAGACUGACAGAAGUCUGCUCCUGUUCCUGAGGAAUUGCUGGCAGUUGCACAGUAUUACGCCUUUCUUUGUUUAUAAAUAUGUAUAUGGUGUGAAAUAUAGUCCGUCUACCGGGGAUCACAGAUACAUUUGAACAAUGUUGAGUUUGAAUGACAACCGCUAACAUGCCAACUUGUUUUUGUUGUCGAAAAUUACAUGAAAAAAAUUGUUAAAAUGACCAUGAAAUAAAUGUUUGUGUUCAAGCAUUUUUGCAAUCUGUACAUAAACUGUCCUGUUAUUUCUUGAAAAUACUUUUUGCUGCAACAUGUAAACUGUUUUCAGCAUUAAAUCUU